CUUUAGUGGCCCAGGAAGCAGAGUCAGUGGGCGAAAAUGGAGAUGAGUUCGGAAGGUAACAGCGUCGUUUUUGCCUGCAAGCACGUGAUGUUGGGUGCAUGCAGGAGGAUGCCGACGGGGGUGGAGACACGCUCAAUGUGUAUGAAGAUACACGGUGAGCGUAAGAGCAAGGUCUCCAUAGUGGGUCGGCGUUUUGAACGAGCGAACAUCCUAACGACUGGGCCUGCGGUGCUGAAUCCGAUUCUGGCAGUUCUCUUCGUCAUCCUCAUGUACGGUCUCCUCGAACUAGUACUGCAGCACUCGUCCCAUCUUCUAUUUGUCAGCGCUUACAACGAAGCCCAUAUUAUCAUUAAGAGUAGGUUAAAGGUGCUUUUCUCACCGCUUUUUAUGCCUCUCCUAAGGGGGAAAGGCAUUUAACAAGCGGGGUAUUAAGCGAGCACCAAAAACCUACCUCUAAUAUCAACUUCGCGGAGCAUCCAGACGUGAACACCACCAAUGCCCUUAGUAAACUGCGUUUCUUUAUACGAAACAGACCUCCAAAGAACCUCCGAUGCGAUCCUGCAGAAUCAGAAAUUGUCAAUCAAUUAGAACGUUUUGGCUCCUCUGCGCAAAGAGUACUCCGUGACCGAAGCAUCUACGGCGUUUUCCUGGUGGAAUUGGCGCGGUUUUUCGACGACGACUUCUUCUCCAAUGAGUUGAGUGUGGUCCAGAAUUUUUUGCUCCACCAGAUCCAGGCUUUGGAGAAGCACUGUCGUCCGAUGGCCUUCCUGAUGCAUAUAGUGAAAGCAAUAGUUAAGUCUUAAACACAUAUACACAAAUUCAUCUUAAGAUUCAUCUUCUUUGACGCAUUUUUAAGGGGGAAAGCGGGCGGUCAAGGAUGCGCUCUGUUAGCACAUGAUCUAAUAUAGGGAAGGUCGUCUCUGUAGUGGUCUUUUUCUACCCGUGGAGUUCUGAUAGUUAGGUUGGGUCCACCCCUAAUAAAUAUGGGGAAGCUCGUCUAAGAUAGGGAUUGCGCAGUACGACUAUGUACAGAGUAGGAGAGAACUGGUGAUAAUGGAUGAAGGAACGUGGCAACGUGUACAACAAGUGUUUCAACAGAUCGCGGUCAGCUUUUUGGAAACGGGAGAGGAAUCCAUUUUUUAUCGCGAACUUGCUGAAACUAAAGCAUGGAAGUCUGGAACGGCAGAGGAAAAGAGUGGUCAGCAGGAAGAAUAUGUCGUAGACAUGACGCGAAUACCGAAACAGUUGUUUUUCAGCCUCCAUCCAGCAGCAAUUCCAGGAUUGCGGCGCAUGCUGAUGUCGCUGCAAGAGAGUCCUCACUUCGAAGCAAGGGAAAUGCUGGCGCCGACGAUAUUGAAGUUAUGUUGACCAUGUAGCGAUCUUCUGCAACUUCUCUAUGUGAUUAGAGCUUUUCGAGUUAUAACUGAUGAAACUGACGCUCAUACUCAUUUUUGACACACUCCUCCUCCUCUUUCAUACUCCGCCUACUCCCGCUUCGUCACCAUGCGAAAACACCUAGUACGCCUCUGGACCGUGAAUCAUGCGAAGUGGGUUUAUCACGUCUUGCCCAUUGACAACAUGGAACUAGUCCAAAAGCAGUUAGACAAGCCGGGCGAAGAGUGCCUAGACAGGACUGAGACGAUGUUUACCUAUGAGAAGGGCAAGAAGUGGAACUUCUACCGGUUGUUUAGGGAAGGGGUGGCGGAAUUGUUGGGCAAACCAGUAACGCAGAUGGAUCCAACGGUAGCGAGGGCAAUGAGGCUGAAAAAUGAAGAGGGAGCUGGUGGAGAAACGGGAAGUGGAGAAGGAGAAGGAGAGAAGUCUCUCUCUGACGCUGUAGGAAAAGGAGCACAAGUAGAAGAAGUGGCACCAGAGGAGGAAUCUGAAAAAACAGAACUAGUGAACGUCAACCGCAUGGUUCACUACUUACUGAUGACCGAUCCGAGUUUCACGUUCCCUGCAUGCACUCCGGCUGUGCUUUUGGCCCUUUUGGUCUACAUCAACAAGCUAUUUGAGGAGUCGAUUCAGGCUAUGCUACGGAACGAACCUUUAGCAGGAUGGUCGCAUUUUUUGCAGUACGCGCAUCAUUUGAUUUACGAGAUGGGGCUGUUCCUUAGUCCAUCAAAAUUAGCGUCAAAUAAAUAUUUUCUUACCUGCAAAAGAUGUGGGGCAGUGAGAAAAAGUAAAUAUUUAUAGCACCCAUAAUAAAACAACCGGUUCGUUUUUACCUCCAAAACUUAGACUUAUCCCAUGCAGCAAUAUUUACAGCACCCAUCUUCCUCCCUUCCUCUCUCCUAGUUUCAUACCACAAACCGCGUCUACCUACCAGCGCGGAACAAAUUCGCCUUACCAAACUGGCAGCGAUGGGUCGCAGGUGGAGUCAAUAUCGAUUGGGUAGGGUUGAUGCGUUUAGCUGAAAAUCGUAUGAUGAGCAAGAAGGACAUUUUGUACGGCCAGAAGAUCAAUCGUGCGGACGAAAGGCGAGACAUCUGCCAAGAGGAAGGACAUUGUCUAACUACCAUUGUACCUGAGGAAUACGAUGUGCAGAUGAAGGAGAUCUUCAACUCAGUGGUUGAUGAUUAAGGCUAUCGGUUUAACUCAUCUUUGAGUUCUUGUGCAUUCCUGAAAAGUAUGACGAGACACUAGGUUUUCCCUGCAAUAUUCUUCAUACUCUUCAGAGAUGCAAUUGCAAGAUGAAUUAUGGAUGGCUCUAAGAUGGAUUGGAAAGGUUGAAUCUAGAGUUUUGGCCUGCAGGGGGAACUAUGAUUGGGGCUAUGCGAUGGGGCAAAAUAGCUGGACAGUUGACUGGUGAGAAUCGCUGGGAUGUGAUAGACGACGAUUUGGAGUUCAUGAUCGGCUUGGGCAGUGAAGACGAGUGGCUCGACGUGAGUGCGGAACUCAGCCAGGCUUUUACGCAAAGACACGGCGCCAAAAUGUGUCAUCAAACGUACUCAUUGCAUCAAAAAAAUCAAUUCUGGAGUAAUUACGUCAGACAAGAUUUACUUGCCUGUGGAUGGUACAAGCCUUACGCCAUAGGAGUCGAACUGAGGAGCUACGUGAAGGAAGAAAGGUUGAAUUUCGGCUACAUUUUCAGAAUGGGUGGCACAGGCUAUUCGCCAUGGUGCUCUGCAGACCAGUAUACGGCUAAAAAGGAAUUUUUCAUCGAAAAGCUUAGGGUGAAAAGAGUAGCAGAAGAGGAAAAAGCACGAAAACUUCUAGUCGUGGAACAAGAGCAGGACGAUAGGGAAACUACUACAACUCCUUCUAGCACCUCUGAACAUCAAAUUACAUUAUCAAUAAAAGAUGCAAUCGAGGCACGACAUGGAACCAAAAUCUUCAAUGUGAAUCCUUGGACACUGCGUCGAGGCACUGGGCCAGUGCCUCGAUACUUGGAGGACUAUCAGAAACGAAGGAGACGGAAGAAAAAAAUGAGUGGCAGAUUAAGACUUGCCGUAAUUCAUCUUAAAAGGCACCCCUGACACGUUUUCAAGGGGGAAAUACGUCAAAGAUGACUUCCAAGAUGAAUUGUUGUAAGCUCUAAGCAGAGGUGGACAGGAGAGUACUAACAAGAACACUGAAAGAACCUUGCCUCCUCCGCGAGGAGAUGGAAAAACAAUAUCAAGACGUAGUUCUGCAUCUGCUUUGCCAGUGGGGAUCAAUCCGCUGUGUUAUUUAGGAGACAUGCCGGUGUUUCAGUCCUGGGGAGGAUUUGUGCCACUCAGAGACUACCUUUUGCCGCUUUCUAGAUGUACGCUGUUUGAUAGGGGAAUACCGUGCCCAAGAGAAUCACUGGACCUGCUUUCGCGGUUUAACGGCGGCGAAUAUGAAAAUCCAGACUUUUGUCUUGCGAUUCCGUACCUAGCUGGUCGCAACCUGCACAAAGAUUCGAGGAUGAAAAAUUUGGAACACGAUGUUUUGAAUGUUAAGGCUUCUUACUAAAUAGCAUACAAUUAGAUUAUACUAUAACUGUAAGCAUGAUUUCUGGGCACUGGGAUGAUCAUGGUUUGAAUAUUAAGAGAGUACUCAUUAUAUAUCCUCAAGUCACAACAUCUAAUCCUGCCGCCGACCUGAACCUCUUGAAAGAAACUAGCCAGAGCCUUUCCCAGAACGGUUUUCAAUCGUUUACCAAGCUGUGGGAGAAGGACAAUUUUUGCGAUGAGGUGUCGUACUCGCAGAUCCUAAAGCGGGCAAGCGACUACGGGCAAAUGUGUCCACCAACGCGGGAGAAGCACGGUUUGGAAGACUACGAAGAUGAAUUUUCGUUUACGAAAAAAUGACCGCGGAAGGUAGCUGUACUUAGAAAGGGUGCCGCACCAAGGUGGGGAUGGGGAAUAAUGUUGAAAAGACUACAUUUUUGAGCACAAGUCAGGUCUACUUACUUUUCUCAUUUUCACGUGGUUCAGCAUCGAACCUAGUAAGUCACAUCUGUAUCAUCUACUUAUGUCACUGUUGUUGUUCAUGACAUCUGAUCUCAUCUGAUAUUAGGAGGUCUCGAUUCAACGAUUUAAUGGUCAACCAAGAUUCAAAAUGUUCUUUCAGUCUGUCGAUUGUAAAUUUUGACCGCCAUGGUUCUCGGGACCGAGGACUCUUUAUGCAGGAUCCCAGUGAUCGUGUUCUCAACAGUCACACAGUGCUAUUUGUGUGGCGACAUCUAGUACUAGUUGGUCCUUUUCUUGUUCUUCCCGUAAUUAUUGUUCAAUACACCACAUGCCAGUUCUGAAACAUCCGUCGAAAAUUCCACAGAAUCUCAUCCAAAAA